AUGGAGCUGGUUGGUCACCACAAAAAUGACUCAUUUUCAAGGUCAAACGAGCCCAGAGCAGGAAUGUCCGUUAAGACCUUAUCUAUAGAUCCAGAUGGUCACCACGGCCAAAAAGGGAUCAUUUUCAAGGUCAAACGAUCCCUAGAGCAGUGUAUUUUGACAUUUCAAAACAACAACUACAACUAUGGGCCAUGUGGAAGAGCCAUCGGAGUGGACCUUUUAAACAAUCCUGAUUUAGUAGCCACAGACCCAGUCAUCUCAUUCAAGACAACUAUCUGGUUCUGGAUGAACCCUCAAUCACCAAAGCCUUCUUGCCACGAUGUCAUCAUUGGAAGAUGGAACCCAUCUGCCGGUGAUCGAUCAGCCAAUCAUCUUCCUGGAUUUGGUGUCAUCACAAACAUCAUCAAUGGUGGCCUAGAAUGUGGUUGUGGUAAUGACAACAGGGUACAAGAUCGAAUUGGGUUUUACAGGAGGUAUUGCGGAAUUCUUGGGGUUAGUACUGGUGACAAUCUUGAUUGCGGCAACCAAAGGUCUUUUGGCAGCUAAUUCUAUGUAAUAACUUCAUUAUAUGUUUUGUUGUAUUCUCGCACAAUGCAAGGAUCAACGAUAAAAUGAAGUUAUAAUAAUAUGAUUGUAGUUUGAUUAGUACCAUGGCU